GAUUUGGCUUCGCUUUCGACCGAAGUUCUUCGCCUUCGCCUUCAAGCACUCAACCUUCCGAUCACGGGAGGCAAAGCAGCCCUCAUCUCACGUGUUAACUUGGCGACUGGGACAAAACAGCCCUGCUCGACCUCAAAUCCGCAAGCCGGACGCGCCCGGAGGAAACGUUUGGCACCGACAAGUCGGCCGGUCAGGGCCACAUUAACCGCUGCUCCCGCAGAAUCCACAACCGAACAAGCAAAUAUGGGUGACCCAGGUGAUGACUCUUCGAGCGUUGCGUCUCUUGGCGACCUUGACGAAAUCAUGGAGGAAUUUUCUUCGGACGACUUGCCCGAUCCUGUCCAAGCCGGACCUUUCACCAUCGCUCAACUGGCCGCCAUACAGGACACCGUCAGGUCCUCGCUCGAGCAAGCGUUGCAAUCAUUCCCCUGGUCUUUAGGGCACGACCAACAGCCUGGUACUUUCAACACUCUACAUCGAAGGCCAGGAUCGGCUGCUCCGGUGGGUCUUAACCGUCCGCUGAAACAGAAUUUACCACAUAAAAUUCUCCGG